AUGACCAAGACAAUUGAUGAAGCUAAGGUUCUUAUUGAGAAUCUUGCAGCUAGUGAUUGUAACAACUGUCCUGAUUAUGACCGCUCAAGCCGCACCACUACUAGCUCCCCUGAUGUUUCUCAAAUGACUGAACUCAAGAACAUGAUGGCUCAAGUUCUUAAGGGACAGCUCAAGCAUAUCAAUGCAAUAGAAGGGAUGAGUGAUGCGAAUGAAGACCCAUCAAGAGAAUGCAUGGGAGAUUUCUCUAAUGAAGCCAAUGAAGAAGAUGUGAACUACAUUGGAAACUAUGGGAACAAGGGAUACAAUCCAAGCUAUCGCCCAAACCCCAACAUGUCUUAUAGAAACCCCAAUGUGGAGAAUCCUCAAGACCAAGUGUAUCCUCCAAGGUAUCCACAACAACAAAGACCUCCUUACCAAUCUCAAGGAAGUCAAUUUCAGCCAAGGCAAGGAUAUGAGCAGAGAUCAUCAUAUCCGCCCAAGGAGCCAUAUGCUUCUUCACCAAAUCAAGCUCCUCCAAACCAACAAGGUGGAAGAUUUGAAGGAAUCCUCCAACAGAUCAUGGAUGGCCAGAAAAGGAAUAGCAAAGAGAUGUAUGAGAAGAUGGACACUUUGUUCAGCAAUCUCAACACCAAGUAUGAUGCUGUUGCCACUCAUGUGAAGAAACUAGAGACUCAAGUCACCCAAACCAUGGAUGCUUUCAAAACCUACUGUUGA